UAGUUAUCUGUUUGUUUUGUUUACUACUACGAACUGAGUGAUUUGUUUAUGUUUUGCUUGAAUCUUUGUAUUGGCCGUUUAUGAUUCUUGGAUCAUUACAUCAAGUAAGAUUUGUCACUCGGUUUCGUAGAAGGUUCUUUUUAAGAUUUCUUUUUUUAUUUCUACCUAUUAAGUGACAGGCAAGUACGAGAUGGCUGGUGGUGUUGCAGCUGAAGAUGGCGGAGGCGGUGGAGAGGGAAGCACGUCAAGUGAAGAGACUAGAAAUGCUGCCAAAAGGUAUCUGAAGGAAGUGACGGAGACGUUUGCGGAUCAACAAGAGAAAUUGGUGAUGUUCCGUGAAGUCAUGAAUGAUUUUGGGACUGAGAGGACGGACGUAGCUGGUGUGGUUGAGCGAGUGAAAGAGUUAUUCAAAGGCCAUAACAACUUGCUUAAGGGAUUUAAUUUCUUUUUGCCAAUGGGAUAUGAAAUUACCGUCGACAAAGACGAGCCUCCUCCGGAAGCGAUGGCUGGAUUUCCUGAAACAUUGGAUUUUAUAAGGGUAGUAAAGGAACGUGAUGAGCGUCUUUACAGACCAUUUAUGGAUGUAAUAUUUAGGUUGACGCUCUUUUAUCGAAGGAUUAUCCAGAUCUGUUUGUGGAGUUCAUAAGAUAUCUACCACCUACUUGAGCCUUAUAUUCUUUUUGAUUCUUUUAGGUUGUUAAUUGUACACUGAGUUGAUCCACCAUAUUUGUAUUUUCUGCCUGAGAUAUAACUCCAUCAUUCCCACAAAUUGCAAAGGAUCUUAGACGUAUAAACACAUGCCCAGUUUAGCUAACAAAAAAAUACAGUAAAUUCAUAUUAUUUUGUAUAUAUGAGUUUCUUCUUUUAGGUGGAAAGUAGCUUUUGUGAAUU